AUGAAUGUAUCACUCUUUCCAGAGCUGCGAGACAUUUUCUACUAUAGCGAGAAGACGGAUUCUUUGUGGUACACGGACCCUGCACCAGCCUAUUUAGGUUACGCAAUACUCAUCUACUGCAGUUCCAUGGUGUUCGGAGAACUUGCUGAAAUGUACACACUACGUUUGAAGUAUUUCACCGAACUGACUAACCUCGUGGACUGGGCGACGCUAACAACCGCAAUAAUGUAUGUUUUGCCUCCCGGCCGAGUGCCUUGCUUCCAAAACUGGAAUGCCGGUAUCGUCGCCAUUUUCUUGUCGUGGAUGAAGUUCAUCAUGUACUUUAGAGGGUACAAGACCACUGGACUUUAUGUCCUGAUGUUCAUCGAAACUCUGAUAUCUUUACUGAAGGCUAUGACUAUUUUCGUCAUGUUCGUCAUCGCUUUUUCCGCCACAUUUAGAAUGGUCUUCAGUCAACAGUACCGAUUUUCUUCAGCAGAUCUAGCUUUCAUGAGUGUGCUGACGAUGAUGCUGGGCGAGAUGAACAAGGACGACAUAUUCAACGAAGAGACCGAUCUGACACCGUACACAGUGACGGCAUACAUUGUCUUUCUGGUUUUCGUCUUCUUAAUGCCGAUGGUUCUUAACAACCUCACGAUCGGUAUUGCCGUCGGAGAUAUUGAAGGAAUCCGAAAGAAGGCGUUCAUCAAAAGAAAUGGUGUUCAGUCUGAUUACGUCUACCAUCUGGAGAACAAGUGUCCGUUGUGGCUUCAAAGGAUUCUCUAUCAGUCCGAGUACAUCGUCAGAGUUCAAAAGGAACGUUAUCGAAGCAAGUUCACCUCAAUGUUCUUCCCACCCGAGGAUGAGGCGCUGAUCGAACUGGAUGACAAAUCUGAACCCAGGAAUGCAGAACACGUGCUGGAGGAACUACAGAGACAGAAAUUCACGUUGGCAGCUCUGAAGUUGAUGGUCAGACAACAGGGCGAUAUCCUGCAAAGGCUCGCCGAUAAAGAGGGCGUGGCUUCGAAAGGCCAAGAUAUGAAAGGCCUUACCGAGUUAUUCGACGAACAACCUACGAACGAAGCUGACGAGAAUGACCCAACCUCUUCGGUCGCUUAGCAACCAUGGUUUUGUUUGGGGCAGGAUAAAAUGCUUGUUCAAAAUGGACCCAUGUUUAGGGAUUUUUUGGUGAAAAUGUGACCCAUUUAAGUGGCACAUCCCCGUAUUUCUUAAUAUGUGAUUACCCCCACCCCCUCCCCGGGUUUAUAACUUGCUACCUUCGUCAUUACAUAGCAAUUUAGUGUAGGGCUUACUCAAAGUAAAGAUAAAGAUAGCGAGAAAAAGUAUUUCAUUUCAUGUACAUGCGUAAACCCGCAACCCCCUCCUUUCUCAUAUUUAAUUGGCCUAAAUGUAGAUGGAUUGACCAAAAAUUUCUUUGAAAGCUUACGAUGCUUGAUUGUAUUGGUAAACAGAUUGUUAUCAAAGCACGCUGUGUAUCGAAUCGAAUUAUGUACCUUGACUUGACUUGUUUCAAAUACAUGUAUUUUAUAAUUAUCUCGGACAUUCUCAUUUACAUAUGUUCGGAAUAUCAACAAAAAUUAUGACAAGAUUUUUUUUUUUUUUUAAUGUACAUAUAUGUUUACUUUCUAGGAUAUUAUGAGCCCGUAUACAAAUAAUAGGCGGCAGUGAGGGCAUUAGAUGUGUAGUAUUUGUUUUAUAAGAUGAUGUUUUAUUUGUUUUAUAAAAUGUUUUUAUAACAUGAUUUUACCAAUGACCGGUCAUUAGUAAAAUUACAUGUUAAGCAAAAUGAAUGCCUGGUCAAGUGUACACUCUCAACUGAUUCGAUUAGGAUCCGCUUCAUCAUCUUAUAUUAAACAUGGGUCUUGUUAUUUUAUUAGGGUUUUCGUUUGUCACGUCAUGACGCCAUUUCGGCGAUUUGCGCAUGCGUCGGGUCGUCUGGCGUCGUCAGGCCAAAUUUGCGAACCCGUUCAUCGAUGAUUUGAGGUUCGUCAGAAAACUAGUGACCCGUCGUCAAAAUGACGUCAUCAUGCUACAUCGCAGCGUAAAUCAAACGUAAAAACAGAAAGAGAAAGUGAUAGAAUGAUUAAAAAAA